UCUAAAGUAUUGCAUACAAAGUUAUAUGCUGGUAUACUGACAGUUGUUGGCACGACGUCAGCAAAAAUGUCGGUAUCCGAUGUAAUGGAUGACAAAUACAAUGAAAAGUUACAACAAGAAGAAGACCUAAGCCUUUUCGAACGGUUUCAAAGAUGUGACACACCGUUCGAGACUGAAGAUGUGAAGGCUGCGAAAGAAAACGUCGAACUCGGUGAUCAUCUGGCGGUUCAUCGAGCGCUGUUAACUCACCAUUUUAUCUGCACUGGUAUCGAAGAAGACAAAAUAAUACUACACACCGUGAAGCCACUUUGUGAUGCGUGCCACCGAAAUCCUGGAAUCAAAUGCUCGAAGCGUCAUGAAGUGUGGACGAAAGAGUACACAUACCAAGAAAUGGAGGACAGAAAU